GCGACGCCGAACCCUGGAGCGGGGCAAGAAGGCUCCUCUGAAAACGGCUGCGCGUGAAUGAAGCGGGAAAGUUUCCCCACCUCGGCCGUCUCGUGCCUACUCCGUCCCUUGUUCUAUGGAGCGGGAGCGAGCGGGGACGAAACUGAGGCGCUGUAAAAGCAGAGGAGCUCCAGUAAGCCAAAGGGGGAAGGCAGGCUCCCAGUUUUCAUUUUGGGUGACUAGGGGAGGUAUCGAGGGGGGAGAUGGGAGACGUGUGGAGGUGAGAAGCUGUCAGACGUGUUCCUUCUCCCUCUGUCUCCCUUUAUUCCCAUCUUUGAGGGGACUUGAGGCUUCCCAGGCAAUAUGCUACUAAUAAUGGUCAGAGCUUGUUUGGAAAGUCAGUGGAGGCCAGUUUAUUCCCAAAUACAUAGUUGCUUACUACAAAAGCAGAUUAAAAACUGGCACAGGAGUCUUAGCAUAACAAACACACAAUGUUCAAAAUCGCAGAAAACCUGUAAAGGAAAUAAAUCUGAGAAGAAGCUGAGUCGAUAUUUUGUCGAUCACCGAAAGGUUCGUGUGAUAGGAGGGAAAGGAGGAGACGGUAUUGCUUGUUUUCUCAGUGAACCUAGAAAAGAAUUUGGAGGUCCCAAUGGAGGAGAUGGGGGAGAUGGGGGACAUGUUAUAUUUAAAGUGGAUCAGCAAAUCAAAUCCUUGUCCUCCCUCCACCCAUUUUAUAGAGGCUUCAGUGGUGAAAAAGGAGGAAGCAAAAACUGUUAUGGAGCAUCUGGCAGGCCCCUUUAUGUUAAGAUACCUAUUGGUACCAUGAUUAAGGAAGGCACUAAGGUUGUAGCUGAUCUCAACCAACCUGGGGAAGAAUACAUUGCAGUCUAUGGUGGAGCUGGUGGCAAAGGCAACCGUUUCUUUCUGGCUAAUGACAACCGAGCACCGACAACUGUGACUUUAGGAGAACUGGGUCAGGAACGGUUCCUUCACUUGGAGCUCAAAACUGUGGGACAUGCAGGGAUGAUUGGAUUCCCCAAUGCUGGGAAAUCGUCCCUCUUGCGAGCGAUCUCCAGAGCAAAACCCGCCGUGGCUCCUUACCCAUUCACAACCCUGAAUCCUCACGUAGGCAUUGUUCACUAUGAAGAUUACGAGCAAAUUGCAGUUGUAGAUAUCCCUGGAAUAAUCAAAGGAGCUCAUGAAGACCGGGGACUUGGUUUGGCCUUUCUGAGACAUAUAGAACGCUGCUGCUUUCUCCUCUUUGUGCUGGAUCUCUCUGUGGCUGAGCCCUGGGCACAUUUGGAAGCCUUGAAGCAUGAACUGGAACAGUAUAAAGUUGGCCUAUCAAAAACUCCUCAUGUCAUUGUUGCAAAUAAGUUUGAUCUUCCGGAAUCUAAGAACAACCUGCCUCUCCUUAAGGAGCAAGUGAAGCAGAGAGUCAUCCCACUCUCUGCUCUGACAGGAGAAAAUCUGGAGGAAUUGUUGGUGCACCUGAGGGAACUCUAUGAUGAUUAUAUGAAAACAGAAAAAGAACAGGUUCGCAAGCCAAUGAAAUGGUAGUAACAGAACUCUUCCAUUAUUACAUUGAAAUAGGGAGGAUAUUUGGAGUUUGGGCAUGGAUAGGAGGGACAGUUUCUAAAAGCAAAAUAAAAUUGCUUUUUAUUCUUUAAUGUUAUAAGGAGAUACACAGAGCUCUACCAGCAGAGUGCUAUAGAAGCAGAUAAGAAAGAAUGGUCAAUCUGCACAAACAAUAAGUUAAGCAAAAGGCGAGUCCACCCUGCAACAGAAAAUGAAAUGUUCCUAAACCUAUUGAGACCUACAGGGCAUAAUUUAAUCUAAGGAACAUUCAAUAAUUUAAUAAAGGUAUGUUUGUUU